AUGUCGUCUGCUCGCCACCUGGAGGGAGCCGACGUCACAGCGCGCGGAGUUGGGUGCAAGGUUCCCGUGCUUGCAGAACGUGCUUGUUGCAAAGACAUACCAUCGCUGUUGGCAGUGUUGCCUCUCGCCGCUAACCAAUCUUUCAAAACGGCGGGGACACGUACACAGUGCUGGAGGCGAGCCCUCCCCUGCUUCCAGUCUGGAGCAGACGACCCGGGGGUGGAGAAAUGCGAGGCCUACUACCGCUGUGCCACCGAGAGCAAUAACGAGUACCUCAUCAGAUGGCGCUGUACGGGCGGAGGGGGCGUUGGCGAUUUGCCAGGAAACACUACCAUGUGCGUGCAGCCUAGCCCGGAUAGAAACUGUGCCCCUCCUGUCGUCUGCCCGAGUUCACAAUGGCAGACGGCAACAGUCCAUCCUCACACACCUUUCCCCACCGAGAUCGUGAUCGGCGGCACCCUCGGCACGCUCUCCCUCAUCGCCAUCGUCUUCAUCAUCAUCGCCGCCGUCCGGAAGUGGCAGAUCAAGAGGCGACAGAGGUUUAAGCACCCACACCAUCGCCCCAUCAAGAAGACGCGGCUGGUCCCCUGGUUCGGAGAGCCUGUCCUCGCCUACGACAUCUCCGUGAGAGACAAGGUCUACAGAGCCUACGACAACUACGCAACGGACGUAUACUACCCGGCCGCCCACUCAACUCCACGUGCAAUGCGCAUGCACGGUUACCAUGACAACUCAAGUGACAACGCCCUGUGCACGAUGGGAGAGGACAGCCAUUACGAGCCAUCUAUCAUAGCGGGCAGCUUCGUGUAUCACCCGCCGUCCAACCUCCCACCCCACCUAGUGCCGGACUACAACCAAAACCUUUCCUACGACAGCUUCAAGAACGAGCACUUGUACGAGAACAAUACAAGAGGGGUGGUGAGCAGCACCCUCAACAACCACCACCAGCCCCCCGACUUCUACCUGUGACCCCCGGGCUGUGCUAAGUAUUGUGACAAUGUGACAAUUGUGGGUUGUUCUGACAGCCACCAUGCAUCUCAACCUGACAGAUGGCAACUUUCGAUGCUUGGCAAUACGUGUCAUCUGUAACAAAAUGGCGCUGAUAUAACGCGACUGUGAAUUCCCGGAGCUGCUGUUCCUCUCAGCAACUGUUUUCGGAACGCCAUAUUCCCGUAGAAAGUGAGUGAAUAUGGUUUUUACGCCGUUUUUCGCAAUAUGACAGAAACAUCACGGCGGGUACCAAAAAAUGGUUCAAACAAAGGUAGAAUGCACCCCGAACCAUUUUUGGAAAGAUUAGGUACACCAGAACCAUUUUCGGAGAAAGUCAGGAACUGGGGCAGUUCGCAACAACAGCCGCGGGUUGGUCUAAGCGCAAACGUACAGAGCGACUCAACAGACAGCUGAGAGACCACGAGACAGAUGUCGACGGGAUGGUUGACGUGUCGUCUGCUUCAAAUCGUAACUUUUAGCGCUGGGGACAUGUUUACAGUGUGUCCUGAACAAACUAUGUUGACCAAGCACUAAUAGACUGCUAUGAUGCAAUACAAGGGAAACAGUCGGGCAUGUGAGAUAUUGCAUGUGUUUAUAAGACUGAGAUACGUUUUUGCCAAUGGUGGUUGAACGGACUCAUGUGUGGCGCGCGCGUCAUCAAGCUACAAGCUCAACUAGGACGUAUGUGUGUAAAUACGUGUGUAAAGUAUUAAUGGACUACAGCUAUACUACAGACUUGCCUGACAGCUUUACUAAGUCCCUGUACAUAGACAGCAAAUAUACUACAGCCUUGCCCACAAAGGUUGAUACUACAGCCCAACAGAGACGGGCGG